UAUCUGCGAAGACAAGAGCGGAGCAGAGAGAAAGGGAGGGAGGAGUGGAGAGGGAAACGGGUGCAACGGCUGCAUGCACGUUAGAGGAAUGGCUGUUUGGGGAUAGAUCUUUCCUACCAGCCCCAAAUCGAAAGAUCCGCAGGCGGCUGUAACCCGGGAGCCUCUGCGCCGCCGAAAGGGAGUCGAAAAGGGACCCAUUGGCGGAUCCAGGCGCAGGCUGCGGAGAGGGCGCCUUGCACGCCACCGCGGAUACCGGCGAGACCAUGACGGCGGGAGCGCGGAGCAAGGCGCUGCCGCCUCGGGAUUAGAGCCCACGCGGACGCGGCCGGUCGCUUUGCGCGAGCGGGAAAGCAGAGCCUCCGCCGCCGGGAAGGCGCCCCGCCGGCCGGGCUGCUCGCCUGGGGCCCCUGCGAGGCUGGAGGAUGGGCUGGCGCCUGGGGCUCGGCGGCGCCGGCGCUCCGCUGCUGCUGCUGUUGCUCCUGGCCGGGCCGGGCAGCGGCGGCCGAAAGUACCCCAAGCGCAAGUGCCCGGGGGGCUGCACCUGCUUCAAGGACACGGCCAUCUGCGAGAGGGUCAAGGAGAUCCCACGAGACCUGCCCCAAAACCUCUUCUCCCUGUCUCUAAUUCGCUCAGGAUUCACCGAGAUCUUAGCUGGCAGCUUUCAACAGGUGCCAUCUCUCCAGCUGCUCUUGAUCACUUACAACUCCCUGGAACUGAUCGGGGACGACGCCUUUGUGGGACUCAUACACCUGGAGUACUUGUUCAUUGAGCAAAACAGGCUCGAAGCAAUCUCUAAGAACGCCUUCCGAGGUCUCAAGAACCUCCUCUACCUGAAUUUGGCUAACAAUAACUUGCAGACCUUACCAAGGAACCUGUUCCAGGGAUUAGAUGCUUUGACUUCAGUGGACUUGCGGGGAAACGCUUUCCACUGCGACUGCAAACUCAAAUGGCUGGUGGAGUGGCUCGGCGAGACCAACGCCCAGGUGGAGCCCAUGGAGUGCCGGUCACCGCCGGAGCUGAACCGCACCAAAAUCAGCGAGCUCCGCCCUGCAGGCUUCAACUGCAUCACCACAGACCUUGUUCUCUUCGACACGCUACCUGAGCAGUCACUCUCGGUAGAAACCUUCAUGAACAACAAGGAACAGAACUUGGUCAUUGCCCAGCCCUUCACUGGACGCUGCAGCUUCUUGGAGUGGGACCACGUGGCUGGGAAAUUCCGCACCUAUGCUAGCAUUAACGCCUCUCUAACAUCACGCAAAGGAGCAGGUCACCAUUCGUUCUCUCCACACCGUCUCCACUUCCUAGGCUCGUCCACGGUGGUCUGCAAACCCCUGGUGAUCGACGGCCACCUCUUUGUGGUCGUGGCUCAGCUGUUUGGAGGCUCGCACAUCUACAAGCGGCAUGAAGCGGCGGCGGGGGGCUUCGUGCACAUGCAGGCCAUCGACGGCUCCCGCAUCCGGAAGCCCAACGACAUUGAGGUCUUCCACGUGGAGGGAGACUGGUAUUUCAUCAUGGCCGACAGCUCCAAGGCUGGCUCCACUACCCUGUAUCGCUGGAACGGGCAUGGCUUCUACUCGCAUCAGUCUCUGCACGCCUGGUAUCGCGACACAGAUGCCGAGUUCCUGGAGAUUGCUGGCAAACCCCACCUCAUCUUGGCCAGCAGCUCUCAGCGCCCCGUUGUCUACCAGUGGAAUAAGCAGCAGUUUGUCCGCCGCACGGACAUCCCUGACAUGGACGAUGUCUAUGCCGUCAAGCACUUCAAAGUCAAGGAGGAUGUCUACGUUUGCCUGACCCGAUUCCUUGGUGACUCCAAGGUGAUGCACUGGGAUGGCUCCAUGUUCCGAGAUGUCCAGCAGAUGCCUUCUCGUGGCUCCAUGGUCUUUCAGCCGCUGAGCAUCGCCGGUUACCGCUACGCCUUCCUAGGCAAUGACUACUCCUUCAGCAAAGUGUACCUCUACGACCCCGUCACAGGGCUCUUCCAGCACUUCCAAGAGCUGAGCACCCAGGCCCCGCGCUCCUUUGCCCACCUCAGCAUCGACAACCAGGACUUCCUCAUCGCCUCCAGCUUCAAGGGCCAAACGCAUAUCUACCGGCAUGUCAUCAACGAUCAGAGUGCCUGAGCCUGGCGGUGGUGGGGUUGGGGGUGUCAAGGAUAAGAGGCAGCCACCAUGGGGAGAGGAAGGGCAGGAGAGGAGACGGCCCCUGGAGGAAGUGCAGUGCCAGAGGCAACUACUAGGAAGGCAGUACAGGAAGCAAGACGCUGCUGAGAGUGCAAUUCUCCAGCGGCAGAGAAGGGUGGAGAGGACUGGGUAACAGCUAGCCAGUGGGUGGAAGGCAGGCAAACUGAACAGCCACAAUUCACUAGCAUGUGAAAGUAAUGGCAACGGGAACAGUCCACAGAAUGCUUUUUAAAAAAACAAAAAACUGCUAGAACAAAGGAUGCUGGAGAUUGCAGGACCAAAAGCCCACAAUGCUUUGCAGUGGGGCUAAACUGAGCAUCUUCACAGAUGGGGGCGUGCAGAUUUGGAGAAGCAAACCUUGCUUUAAAUCAAUCCAAAUUUUGUUCCUGGCCGUCGUCGUCGUCGCUCCCCCCCCCCAGCUUAAAGCAUGGAUGCUCUCCAUUUAAAUACCUUUUCUCCUCACUAACGUGAAUGAAGGCUUGUGUUUUCCCUCCCCAUGACAACUUUUAUUGUCUUUUUUAAAAGGGUUCAGUGCAAACCAUUACCUACCCCUUGCUUAUUUUCUCUGCUUGCUUGUUGUUUUUACUACAAAUUACUUCCCCUCCUUUUCAAAUGCAUGGUUGAUUGUUUUUUAAAUAAAAUUUGUGCAAUCCAGCAAAAGGUAAGCUGCAACCCUAUACAGUGGUACCUCGGUUUGCAAACGCAAUCCAUUCCGCGGAGGCGUUCGCUUGCCGAAGGCACACUUCUGCACUUGCGUGCGCUACACAGAUCACAUCUGUGCAUCCGACGCCGCGGAACCCGGAUGUAAACACUUCCGGGUCCGCGGCGUUCAUAAACAGAGGUUUUCGUGAAUGGAGGUAGGCGUAAACCGAGGUUCCACUGUACAGUGGUACCUCGGUUUAUGAACACAAUUGGUUCCGGAAGUCUGUUCAUAAACUGAAGCGAGCUUUCCCAUUGAAAGUAAUGGAAAGUGAAUUAAUCCGUUCCAGAUGGGUCCGCAACCGAAAAUUCGUAAACUGAGGUGUUCGUAAACCGAGGUUCCACUGUACCCACUUAUCUGGGAGCAUGACCCGUGGAACAUCAAUGGGACCUACAUCUGGGUCUAGGAUUGCACUAUGUCUUUGAAAUCCAUGACAUUUAAUCGGCCGCUGCAAAGUCCCAUUCUAGGUUUCCAUUGAGACAAACUGCAGAAUUCCAUGUAUAGUUCUAUGGAAGCAAGUGUCAAUGGCAUUCAAUGAGACACCUGCAAUUAUUGACUGCUGGGUUGCAACAAAUGUGUUUUUAAUGGCCAUUUUCAGUCUUACGAUUUUUUGAAUACUUUUAGGCACUACAGGGUGUCUGGUUCUUAAAGCACAACUAAAGCACAAGCUUAGCUUUCAAGCACAUGAGGUAUCUUUGCUCCUCUUGAUGUGGGUCAGGGGGAGAAAGCCAAGGGGGCACAGGGUAGGCUGACUCAUUGAUAGGAUGGGUGAGCAGAGGAGACUAACAGAACUGGGAAAGGCUCCAGGGAGAUCUGCCAUGCAUCUUAAGUACAGCAUUUAUCCUUUUACCUGUAAAUAACCAGCAUGUUGUUCAAAUCCAUCAACCUUCUUCCAGUAGUGGGCAGCACUGGGCUACAAGGAGUACAUGCUCUUACUGGAAUCGUGAGGCUAUUGAGCUGGCAUCACGUGGGCAGAGAUUGUUUCUCCGACAAGAGGCAGACCGCCUUCUUCUUCUGUCUCCUAUUCAUGACGUGGGGUCCCACAACAUACGAGCAAUGUAAAUAAUAAUAAA